CCAUUCAGUAGCCUGGCGUCGCACAGAGAGAGAGCGAGAGACAGACUUGAGUCAAAGCUCACUCAGAUCUGUGCGCACGACAACAACACAGCCAGAGACAGACGAGGGGAAUCAGACGGCGUCCGCAGCCACAAACAAUCGGAUAUAAACCCGCAGCAUCUAUUUACCCAAGCGUCAGCUCUGAGGUGGAAGGUGCGCAGCUGGAUCCGUGGACGUUACAUAACAGCAGAGGGAUCGCGAGGCUGGUCGCAGGGCCGGUGUGACUCAUUGAUAAAUAACACAGUCUCUCUCUGACCAGAUGCAUGAAUGAGCGUCAGUGUGAGCAGCGCGCAGCCGGGAAUCAGUGAGGGAACCGCGGCUGUUGAUUCUGUCUGGGGAGCCUUGAAGCGCGCAGGAUCCAGAGUGAGAAUCCACUCGUUUUCAUUGUGACUCCGCGCUUUUUGUUUUGUUUAUUUGUCUCCUCUGCGGCCCACACGCGGACUCACAUUCGCCGCUCUCCUCGGUGCCUCCGCUGCAGCCAGGACGCGUCUCACCCUUCCUCGCUUUCUCCCCCGACUUCCAAGCUUCCCAACACCCCUGCUUAUAAAUGCUUGACAAGCUCAGGCCCGUCGUCCAGCUCGACUCGGUAAUGGCGAUCAGUAAGACGGUGGGCUGGCUGCGGGAGCAGCUGGAGACGCGCAGGGACGCGCUGCUCGUCAUGGACUGUCGCGCCCAGGAGCUGUACGAGUCGUCGCACGUCGACACGGCCAUCAACGUGGCCAUCCCGAGCCUCAUGCUCCGGCGGCUGAAGAAGGGCAACCUGCCCGUGCGGUCGCUGCUCUCCGACGGCGAGGACCGCGAGCGCUUCGUGCGGCGCUGCAAGACGGACACCAUCGUGCUGUACGACGAGUACAGCCGCGAGUGGAACGAGAACGUGGACGGCGGCUCGGUGCUGGGUCUGCUGCUGAGGAGGAUGAAGGACGAAGGCUACAAGGCCUAUUACCUGGAGGGUGGAUUCAGUAAAUUCCACACCGAGUACCCAGCUCUGUGUGAAACCAACCUGGACGGCUCCCACAACAGCAGCUCACCAACUGCCCAGGUGCUGGGCCUCGGGGGCCUGCGGAUCAGCUCCGACUCCUCAGACAUCGAGUCAGACAUAGACCGGGACCCGAGCAGUGCCACCGACUCGGACGGCAGCCCGCUGUCCAACCCCCAGCCCUCCUUUCCCGUGGAGAUCCUGCCGCACCUGUACCUGGGCUGCGCCAAAGACUCCACCAACCUGGACGUGCUGGAGGAGUACGGCAUCAAGUACAUCCUCAACGUCACCCCAAACCUGCCCAAUCUUUUCGAGAACGCGGGGGAGUUUAAGUACAAGCAGAUCCCCAUCUCGGAUCACUGGAGCCAGAAUCUCUCUCAGUUCUUCCCUGAGGCCAUCAGUUUUAUCGAUGAAGCUCGCAGCCAGAAGUGCGGCGUCCUCGUCCACUGCCUCGCCGGCAUUAGCCGCUCCGUCACAGUGACGGUGGCCUACCUGAUGCAGAAGCUCAACCUGUCCAUGAACGACGCCUACGACAUUGUCAAGAUGAAAAAGUCCAACAUCUCUCCCAACUUCAACUUCAUGGGCCAGCUCCUUGACUUUGAGCGCACUCUGGGCCUCAAAAGCCCGUGCGACAACCGCAUGGCUGCGCCCAGCCAGCAGCUUUACUUCACCACGCCGACCAACCACAAUGUCUUCCAGCUGGACCCGCUGGAGUCCACGUGAGGUCCGCCGUCGCCGCAUCUCUCCCUGCCGGGGGCUCCGCGGGCCUCACGUUUGAAAAAGCUGCAAACGUUUUUUCUCUUUUUUCCGUCGUCUGCCAUGCGACUAGGCUCUGGACGUUAUUGAUACAGCUGGUUUGAGGCGACAGCUGCGGAGCGCGGUUUGCUGGAGGGGCCGAAGCUGUCUGGCCACGAUGCAGCUGCUGUUGACUGAAUGAGGAGAGACAGAGACGGAAAAAUAGGAGGAGAGUCGAUUAAAGAGUGCAGAUCAUUUCUACAAUCCUUUAUUGCUGUUGGACUUCUGAGGACAUGUUUUGUCAGACAGCUGUACGUUACGCUUCAAAGUUCCUAGGCUGGUGUGCCAAAGAUCCAUGAUUGUUCUCAAUGGACAGGUCUGAAAAUGAAAGUCUUUUUCAUGUUGAUUUUUAGGGGCGGGGGGGGUCCAGCACUGGUUUCUCCCAAGACUUAAAAGGUGCGACGUCUCCUUUGUCUUCUGUGAAGACUUGCCUGUGUGGGGCUGAAGCACCCCAGCUUUCGAUGGCACACUCUAUACUGGACUUCAUUUUACAUUUGUGGAGUCUUUUCAAAACCUUUAUACAUUGUGUAUAUAUCUUAAUAUAAGGAAACACUAUGUUAAAAAAAAAGCCUUGUUCUUGUAUCAACCCUUUGCAACAAGUGGGUACAGAAGAUUCUCUUUGUUUCAUAUUCUACAUUUUAUGUAAGCAAACAAAACUGCUUAUCGAUCAGUAUGUUCAAAGUUAAUUAUGCCAAAAAUCAAGUAGACUUUCCAAGAAUCAUUGGGAAAAAAAAACGUGUACAUGUGUAAUAUAUAUUUGAUUAUCGCUUUAUGUGUGAAUUCAGCCGAUCCGGGCCUUGUAUUUGCACCCGCCCUCUCACAAAUCAAAGUCACCGUGGUUGUUUGCCUUAAGUUUGGGUUCAGAAGGGUUUUCAUGCAUUGGCCUUCAGAGAAAUCAACCAACUCUCUUCUAUUCAGAGAUGUAUUUAUCAUUAUUAUUAUUAUUUUAACAUCAAAAAACAAUCAAAACCAUGAACAUUCUGAACAGUAGCUUUUUUUUUUUUAUUUGGCAUCACAUGAAAGAUGAAUUUGAAUUUGUUUCAGUUGAAUCUCUGAGGGUUAAUGCGAGUACUCCUGAUCUGUGCACAAGGACUGAAAGUCUCUUCCACGUGACUUGCCACUCCUCUUCAGGGAAACAUCUGUGAAAUGCAGUGUCAUUUGUCAAGAUGAAAGAAAGAAAAAAAAGGUAUCCAGAGCUUUGGAGGGUCAUGUUGCCCCAUCCAAAGAGAUGGCCUCUUGUUGAAGGACACCAUCCCGGUGACCUCUGCCACUUCCCCACCCCUUCAAACACUCCUCUCUUACGAAUGUAAAGGAAAGAUAAGUUAUUAAUAAAUUGCUAUUUUGUCUACACUUUC